CGACCGAACCCUUCCUCCUCAAAAAAAACCCCUCACGCGGCCAAUUCUUCUCGCGCCGAAUCCUCUUCCCCGAGCCCUCUCCCUCUCACGAACUCUUCUCCCCAAAACCCGUCGAUCACAACCUCCGGCGAGUUCGCGUUCCCGUGCCCUAAGCCCGACGCUGCCGCCAUCCCUCUCCCUCCCGUGACCUUGUUGUGCCACCCAUCGCCGCCGCGCGCGAUCAACAGCCGCGGCCGCCUCUCGUGCCGAUUCCUUCCCCCGCCGAGCUCUCCCUCACGCGAUCCAGACAGCCAGCGAUCACAGCAACUGGCGUCUUCCUUCCCUCGCUCGAGCACCACCACAGUAGCCGCCGGCCUUCUCCCUUCACGCUAUGCCCUAAUGGAUCCGGAUGUUGAUUGAAGACGGUUGACACGAUCUACAUAUAAAGAUGCGGUGAAUGGGUUUCAUCAGCUUCCUUUCUUGGAACCUUUGGCAAUAACAUCGAUCACAUGAAAAAGGCACAAGAUAUGGGUCGUUCUGAACCAUGCAUCUUGUUUGCUCAAUCAUUCGUUCAUUCUCAACUCGAUGAAUAUGUUGAUGAGGUCAUUUUUGCAGAACCUGUUGUCAUUACUGCUUGUGAGUUUGUUGAGCAGAAUGCAUCCCCUUCUGCACCAAAUGUAUCUCUUAUUGGGGCCACUUCACCCCCUUCCUUUGCACUAGAGAUUUUUGUUCAUUGUGAAGGUGAAUCGAGAUUUAGGCGCCUUUGCCAGCCUUUUCUUUAUUCACACUCUUCAUCCAAUGUUUUGGAAGUUGAGGCCAUAGUUACAAAUCAUUUGGUUGUCAGGGGAAGUUACCGAAGUCUUACUCUUAUUGUUUAUGGAAAUACUGCUGAAGAUCUUGGACAAUUUAAUAUUGGAUUUGAUAUGGACAAUUCACUUGCAAAUGUUGUUUGUUCCCCAUCAGAAGGAAAACUUGAAGAUCUUCCACCAGCAUUGCAUUCAAACAAGUUGUUGUUUGUAGAGCCCACUGCGUCCUUAAAAUUCAUGAGUUUACCUUUUACUAAAUUCAAAGUUUCUCCUCAUUUGAAGCAGUUUUUGCUGUUAGCUGUCAAGCUUAGUGAAGUUCCCGAUGUGGAAAAUCAGCUUUCUGAGAUUGUAGGUAAUGUUGUAUCAGCUGUCCUGUCCUGUGUUAGGAACAUGAGUAGCACCAGCACCUUUUACUGGGACCAAAAUAUGGAAUUAGGAAUCACUGACUACAAGAGAGAUUCAGAGAAAUUAAAUGAUGCUGUUCCUCAGGCUAGUAAAGAACUUCUUGAGCUUGGUAGAUUCAAGGGUGUAUUUACAGACAAUUGGUCACCAGAUGAUAUAGCUGGUUCGGAGACAGCUGAAGCACUUAUCUCUGAUUUGCUAAUUGGCAUGUUUAACAAAUUUGACACCUUUAAGAGCACUUUAAAUGCUGAGUUGCAAUUAGUCUCUCAGAACAAACAAAUGAUUCUACUAUUGGGAUUGGCUCUUCUCUUUUGCUGUUGGAGAAAGGGAUGCUUUCAUUUUGUAAAUAGCGGUGGCAUGGAAACAAUUGUUCAUUUAUUAGACUGCAAGAUGCAAAAUUCUCCGGCCGUCGUAUUAAUGUUGCUAGGUGUUGUUGAAUGUGCUACUCGGCAUGGCAUAGGAUGCGAAGGAUUUUUAGGCUGGUGGCCGCGUGGAAAUGAGAGUUACCCAGAUGGUAACAGCAAUGGUUAUUCAAUUUUGCUAAGGCUAUUGUUGGGGAAGCAACGGCAUGAUGUUGCUUCUCUUGCAUCAUAUAUAUUGCACCGUUUGCGGGUCUAUGAAGUUGCAGCCAGAUAUGAGUCUGUAGUAUUGUCUCUAUUGGAUAAUCCAUCUCGUGAUCAUGUGAUGGUGGCUGAGGGGAUUGAAUUACUUGUCGCUGCCAGUUCUCAUCUUAAGCAAAUCGCGAAAUUGAUAAACCUAUAUGAGCCUAUUGAAGAUCCAUCACCUGCCACCUUUGCACAAAAAUUAUCUAUUUUGGGGCUACCAGAAGGCUUCUUGUCGUACAAAGCUACUAUUGACGGCAUAACAACUUCUAAAUAUACUUUUGCAAGAUGGGAUGUUGACUUGUGCUUGCUAUCACUUCUUGAGGAAAGGGGUUUCUUCCCACUCUCAGCAGCCCUCUUAUCAUCUCCUGUUUUGCGCUCAUCAAAUGACAAGCAAGCAGAUGUUUUUAUGGAGAUUACAACUUCAGUUGAAUAUGCUCUUCUUAAUUUUCUCUUUCAUCGUUCAGGUCUUUGCUUCUUACUUGCUCAUCGUGAAGCAACUGAACUUUUGGUUCUUUCUCUUCAAGAUGUUGAAGAGACAACAAAAAAAGAGUGCAUGACUCUUAGACAGGCAGCAGUUUUUCUAUCAAAGGGAUUCAUUUGUCAUCCACAGGAAGUUGCCAUGAUCACUGAGCUUCAUCUCAAAGUGGGAAUUGCUAUUGAUCUGUUGCUUGCAACAGAUCCACAUUCUGAUGAACUUCUGUGGAUUCUAUGGGAGCUUUGUGCCAUUUCCAGGUCUGACUCUGGUCGGCAAGCGUUGUUAGUUCUGUGUCACUUUCCUGAGGUGGUAUCAGUUUUGUUGGACACACUGCGAUCAUACACAGAAUUAGAGCCAACUGUUAAAAGAAAUGAAACUUCCCCUUUGAGUCUAGCCAUCUUCCAUUCAGCUGCAGAAAUAUUUGAAAUCAUCGUGACAGACUCUUCUGCAUCAUCCCUCAGUUCUUGGAUUGGACAUGCUGUGGAACUUCAUAAGGCUUUACACUUUUCUUCUCAUGGGACCAACAGAAAAGAUGCACCCACAAGGUUGCUAGAGUGGAUAGAUGCUGGUGUUGUUUAUCAUAAAAAUGGGGCUAUUGGCCUUCUACGAUAUGCUGCUGUUUUGGCUUCUGGUGGAGAUGCUCAUCUUAGUUCGUCUAGUAUACUAGUAUCUGACACAAUUGAUGUCGAAAAUGUUAUUGGUGACUUGACAAACAACUCAGAUGCUCAGAUUGUUGAUAAUCUUCUUGGGAAACUUGUCUCGGAUAAGUACUUUGAUGGAGUUACCCUGUGUAAUAGUUCUAUAGUUCAACUGACAACAACUUUUCGAAUACUGGCAUUUAUAUCAGAUGAUCCAGUUGUAGCAGCUUCUCUUUUUGAAGAAGGAGCAGUGACUCUUGUAUAUGUGGUGCUAGUCAAUUGCAAAUCAAUGGUUGAACGAUUGUCAAAUAGUUAUGGUGAGGUCUUUAAUGUUUUUAUAAUAUUGGACUCCUUUGUUGUUAGCGCAGUUUCCUCCAUUCUAAUUAUCCAAAGGAAAGGUCCACCAAUUCUUUGAAUGAAUAGUUUAUCUUUUGGUGCGUCUUUUUUGCUCUUGACAACCCAAUUUUUGCUUAAGCAAGUGGUGCUUUGGUUAAGCAUAAUGGGCUUGUCUAUUGCAAAUGGAUAACAUUUAACUAAGUUGCUUUGGCAUAAAGGCCACCUAUAGUGCAUGAGAUUCAUUUUGUUAUUAAUAGGUCAUCAUGCUAGCGAUUUGUUUGCUUAGCAAAGAGCACGGUUUAAAAAACCACUGUGUUGGUCAAUAUGGGUGGAACAUUUGUGCCAUUGAUCAACCAGAACACAGAAGUGAUUGAGUCAUUGGAAUUUUGCUUUAUAGUCUUUGCAUGAUUCUGCUUGUCUAGAACACACUGAAGUGGCCUUCUCCCAUUGAUGAAGUGAACUUCCUCCAAUGAUGAAGUGCCAAAGAAUCAAGGCGGGCAGCUUCUUCCUCUUGUGACAAUGACAUGAGUCUUCUUUUGAGUUGAGGUGGUUUUCUUCUUCCUCCAGCAAUGGAGCAACAGACGCUUAAGCUUUGGUGAUGUUGGUUGAGAUAUUUUCUCCAGCAGUGAAAUGAUCAGCAUUGUAGAUCUGUACCAUGGUUUGCCAUUGUUUGACCCUAGACUAUAUUUGUCCAGUCAAUGAUUUAAACUGAUGGUAUCUUGAUGUAAAUCGUUGAUUAAUAUAUAUGUUUCAUUCAUUUCAUAUUGUCGAUUAAACAAGAUAUACAUUGAAGAACCUCUUCCAGGAAGCUUUUAUAUUUUCUGUUGAGUUACAAAUAGGGUAUGGAGCCAUGAGGUUCUAAAAGAUUCUCAGCUUUGUUUUGGUUCUAUACAAAACUGGAUGUUUUUGGAUUUAUUAGGAACUAUUAAAUGAAUCAUAGCUUCCUAUUUGACCUGGUAAACUCAACAGCAGAACAUUUUGAAAUUAGUACUGGGCAUAAACUUUGCAAGAAAGUGAAACAAGGUUCACUAGGUAGUUUAACAAA